AUGAAACUGAGCGAUACUCGUGGUUUCGAUGUGACCGGAUCAACGAUAAACUUGGCUGCCAACACACUGUGUGCUCUGACCAUAGCUGUUAUUGUGGCCUUCAUCCACAGUUGGCAGGCCAAUCCUCUUCAUCCUGGCAUGCGUGCACUUCCUGUGGCCAGCUUAAUUCAAAUGAGGCCAGCGGUGGGACGUUCCUCUGAGGACCAAGCGAUGCAACAACAGUCUAGGAAGGUGCUAAUGUCUUUUUCAGAUCAUGUCAGCAAAACAUCUGGAGACUGUGAGUUUGAUGUACCCAGAAAAUAUCCAGUCACUCUGAUGAGCUGUCCUCGUGUACUGCUAAGCGGAGCAGCUGUGAGUGAAUCAGAAGAGGAGCCUAUCAGUGAGAAAAUGUCUCAUCUCGUCCCCGACAAACAAGGGCAGGUGUCUCUGGGCAGACGGCCAGGACUCGGUUGUGAGUUAUUGCAGCAGCAGAAGCCUUUUAUGUGA